AGGAAAUAGAAAAUGGCGUUCUGACGUCACUGUAAUGUGGCCACAGCCCGGUUGAAGAAGGCAAUGCGUCAUGAUUGCAGAGUAUUGUCUGCUAGGAGGUGUUGCCCUCGUGCUUGGGCUUCUGGUCAGCGCGAUGUGUCUUUCUUGCCGAAAACAAGGAAAGUCCACUGAAAAUGUUGGCAGUUUCCAAAGGCCGUCGACAACAGACGAAAAUGAUGGCAUCGUCCCUAACAUUGUGCUCCCCCCUAAAGGUAACGAGAGAAGCAUAUCCUUCUCUUCCUCGCUGUCCACCGUGUUUGCUUGCACGGCUGACCAGAUCACGCAGUGUCCUGCCUCUCCUCCCGCCUGCCACCCAGGUGGCGCCACCUCCUAUGACAUCGACUUCGACGACGACCUAGACCCCAACAACCUCGACUGUCCCCUGUAUGUGGAGUCCUAUCCUUUAUGUCGAUCGGAUCCAUCCACUCAGUUCCGUAUGGACUCCUGUGGAGAUUCGACUCAAGAUACACUUUCGCCUUCCUUUGUGGCUUUCUGCGAUGAGAAAGGAUCCGAUGACACUUUUUACGACUAUCCACAAUGCAACAUUCCAGUUUCGUUCAAGAAAUCUGCCAAUGGUGCCAGCUGUAGUAGCAGGUUGAUGCCGACAUUUGAUACAACAGACGUUAUUGUCCACCCCGAACCUACUCCUUGGAAGAAGACCAGAUCUGCGACAAUGCCUGUAGAAUGUCCAAGCUUCUCGCCAUAUGGUGAUGAGCUGAUCGAUGAGGACAAAGAAGAAAAUGUUUAUGAAGAAUUGGACGCGAUAGACGUCAAAUCCGAUAAAAAAGCAAAUGGAAAUCACCGUUCCGAUCUCGAACGUGCGCGUGGUCGAAAAAAUACUAAAACGAAGCAUACAAAGUCGUCUUCAAAUGUCUCAGUCAGUCGCACAUUGCCAGCACAUUGUGAAGUGAUGUGUCCGCCGCCCUGCACAGGGCCGUCGUACGUCAACUUUAAGGGACGUAUACGAAGUUGGAAGCCCCCAUCUGACUAACAACAAGAACCAAACUAUCACCUUGACUCAAACUUAUUCUUCGUCAAAGUUACUACUAUAUCCCUGGUGACUGCGCCAAGAUAACCCGAAGUCCCUUUGACAAACGGAUAUCCCCCUGAUAAUAUCUCCUUUGAAACUUGAAGUCCCCUUUGGCAACGUUACAAGCCCUGAUUAUAUAUACAUUAAAACCUGAAGUCCCCUUUGGCAAAGGGAACCAAGCCUCUGUUAAUAUCUCCUUAAAACCUGAAGUCCCCUUUGGCAACGUUACAAGCCCUGAUUAUAUAUACAUUAAAACCUGAAGUCCCCUUUGGCAACGCUACAAGCCCUGAUAAUAUCUCCACUAAAACGUAAAGUCCACUUUGGCAAAUGUAUUCCCCUGAUUAUAUCUCCAAUAAAACCUGAAGUCCCCUUUAGCAACGCUACAAGCCCUGAUGAUAUCUUCAUUAAGACCUGGAGUCCCCUUUAGCAACACUACAAGCCCUGAUGCUAUCUUCAUUAAGACCUGAAGUCCCCCUUUAAAACGCUACAAGCCCUGAUGCUAUCUCCAUUAAAACCCGAAGUCCCCCUUGGCAAAUGUAAUCCCCUGAUAAUAUCUCCAUUAAAAUCUGAAGUCCCCCUUGGCAAAUGUAAUCCCCUGAUAAUAUCUUCAUUAAAACCUGAAGUCCCCUUUAGCAAAUGUAAUCCCCUGAGAAUAUCUCAAUUUAAACCUGAAGUCCUCUUUAGCAAAUGUAAUCCCCUGAUAAUAUCUCCACUAAAACCUGAGGUCCCCUUUGGCAACGUUACAAGCCCUGAUAAUAUCUCCA